GAGAGAGAGAGAGAGAGAGAGAGAGAGAGAGUGUGAGAGGAUGAGUAUAAAAGAGGGAACAUUAAGGACUGCUCCAGAACUGCUCUUGGGAAGAGGAUAUUUUACCUGAAAAACUACACUGAGGCCAAACAUUAAAAAUGGAAGUGAACAGGCAGAUAGAGAAGACCCAAAUUACAGACUGUGACCUGUCUGAGAAGAUAAAGACUGUGACUAAGGAAUGUCAUGUCCGAGCAAAUAGCACAGAGUUGAUGCAAGCCUUCCAGAGGGGAAACAUCACCCUGGUGCAGUAUAAGCUCCUGCUGUGCUCCUUGUAUAAGAUCUACGAAGCUCUAGAAGAGGAACUGGACAGGAACGCCUCUCAUGAAAGCGUUGCACCAAUUUACUUCCCUCAGGAACUGGCCAGGACGGAGACGCUCAAGAAAGAUCUGGAGCACUUUUAUGGUCAGGACUGGAGAGAGAAGAUGUUUGUUCCAGCCUCUACUUUGAGAUACACUCAGAGGUUGAGAGAGAUUGGCAGCGAGAAUCCUGAAUACCUGGUGGCUCACGCUUACACUCGCUACCUGGGUGACCUGUCAGGGGGCCAGGUGCUGAGCCGAGUUCCCCAAAGAUGCUUAGGACUGAAGAACGGUGAGGGCUUGGCGUUCUUCACGUUUCCUGCCGUCAGCAGCCCGAAUCUGUUCAAGCAGCUGUACAGAAGCAGGAUGAACAGCAUCGAGCUGACAGAGACGCAGAGAGAGGGAGUGCUGGAGGAAGCCGUCAGAGCCUUCGAGUUCAACAUCCAGGUGUUUGAUGAACUCCAGAACUUGGUGAACACUUUAGAGAAAAAUGAACUGAGGCAGAGACACAAAACACACAACCUCGAGACACCAGAUGUCAGAGUGAGUCCAGCGCUUUCCUCCUCACUGACCUCCGGCUCUCAGCUGCUCAGGAUGCUGCUCGGAGUGUGUUUCGCUCUGGCAGUCGGAAUGGGAAUCUAUGUAUUUUAAAUCAUAUGACUGUGUCACAGUUUCAUUUAUUUAUUUGUCUAAUGUGUGUGAGAAAAUGUUGUGUAUGUGCUGAUUUUCUUUCUCUGUGCUGUUAGAGGGACACCUUAUACUGGAUAAAGAACCACAGACAUGAGGUUUAAAAUCAGUCCUGGUUAAUUCAGUAUAGCUGUACUGUUACUACACCACCUGUACAGUUCUCAGGGAGAAUCAGGAAUACAUGACAGCUUGUUUCUCACAGUUCUUUCUUACCCCUGCACUUUCUGUGAAAACAUAACCUCUCAACAAAAUAAACAUAGAAAUGUU